AUGUUUGACUGGCGGCCAUUUUUAUUUGGUGGUCUUGCUUCGAGUGUUGCCGAAUUGGCAACAUUCCCAAUUGAUCUGACAAAAACUCGUCUACAAAUUCAAGGACAGAUAUUCGAUAAUCCUAGUCAACAAUUAAAAUAUGCUCAAAAAAAAUAUACAAAUAUGUUUCAGGCAGCUUAUCGUGUUUCAGCAGCCUUAUUACGUCAAGCAACUUAUGGAACAAUCAAAAUUGGUAUAUAUCAAAAAAUGAAACGUCUUUUUGCAGAUGACAUUCGACAAGAAAAACUUUAUAUUAAUGUUCUCAGUGGUAUGUUUUCUGGUGCAUUAGCUAAUGCUAUAGCAAAUCCUACUGAUUUAUUGAAAAUUCGUAUGCAAGCUAAUCAUCCAAGUGUUCAAGGUAAACGACUAUUUUCUGCCAUGAUUUCUAUAGCAAAAAAAGAAGGUGUUCGAGGUCUUUGGAGUGGUGUUCUACCUACAGUCCAACGGGCAGCUAUUGUUAGUGGUGUUGAAUUAGCUGUGUAUGAUUCUGCAAAACAACACUUAAUAUGUCAAUUUAACAGUUCAGAUACAAUUGGAACUCAUUUUCUAUCGUCAUUCAUAGCUGGAUUUGCUGGUGCUUUCACUAGUACACCAAUCGAUGUUAUACGAACUCGUUUAAUGAAUCAAGAAAAUUUACAGUCUCGUGGUAAGUUAACAUCAACUUCAACACCUUAUAAAGGUAUUAUAGAUUGUUUUAUUAAAACUACUCGAAAUGAAGGCUUUUUGGCAUUAUACAAAGGUUUCUUUCCUUCUUGGCUUCGAUUAGGUCCUUGGAAUAUUGUUUUCUUUAUUGUAUUUGAACAAUUAAAAGCUUUAAAUGGAACAUUCGAGAACAGAAGUUCCAGAAGAAUAGAUCAACAUCUAUAA